AGGAGCUCGCCGGCGUGCGUGGCGGCUCCUCGCCAGCCUGCUCAGCGAGCUGUAGGGGGAGACCGCGGCAGUCAGCCGCCCGCUCGCCCCGGCUGGACGAGGCAAGUGCCGAGGCGCGGGCGCGCUCCCGGACAGGGUUAGCUGAGCAAGUUGACUCUGCCGCCGGCGCGCUGUGCUAUGGACAGUGACGAGGAGACGCUGGAAGAGACCGUCGAGGGAGCGCUUGAUGAUGACGGGCUGCCACAUGGGUUUUGUACAGUCACAUAUUCAUCCACAGACAGAUUUGAAGGAAAUUUUGUGCAUGGAGAAAAGAAUGGCCGUGGCAAGUUCUUCUUUUUUGAUGGAAGUACACUUGAAGGAUAUUAUGUUGAUGAUGCUCUGCAAGGCCAGGGAGUGUACACUUAUGAAGAUGGAGGAGCCCUUCAUGGCACUUACAUGGAUGGGGAACUGAAUGGGUUGGCCCAGGAAUACGAUGCUGAUGGACGACUGAUAUUUAAAGGGCAAUACAAGGAUAAUAUCCGGCAUGGUAUUUGUUGGAUAUACUAUACAGAUGGUGGCAAUCUGGUUGGAGAAGUUAAUGAAGAAGGCGAGAUGACUGGAGAGAAGAUAGCCUAUGUGUACCCUGAUGGGAAGACGGCCUUUUAUGGGCACUUCGUAGAUGGUGAAAUGUUAGAGGCAAAGUUGGCAACCCUUUUAUCCAUUGAAGAGGGAAAACCACAAUUUGAAGUAAUGCCAGGCAGCCCAGUAUACAGUUUUGAUAAAUCAUCUUCAACCUGCAUUUCUACAAAUGCUCUUCUUCCUGACCCUUAUGAAUCAGAGAGGGUAUAUGUGGAUGCAUCUCUCAUUUCAAGUGCUGGAGAAGGGUUAUUUACUAAAAUAGCAGCUGAAGCUGGUACAGUUAUGUCCUUUUACAAUGGAAUACGAAUUACACACCAGGAGGUGGACAACAGGGACUGGGCUUUGAAUGGAAAUACAAUAUCGCUCGAUGAUGAAACAGUCAUAGAUGUACCAGAGCCCUACAACCAUGCAGCCAAAUACUGUGCCUCUUUAGGGCAUAAGGCAAACCACUCUUUUACACCUAACUGUCAUUAUGAAUCGUUUGUUCAUCCUCGUUUUGGGCUGAUUAAAUGUAUUCGCACUAUUAGGGCUGUUGAGAAAGAUGAAGAAUUAACGGUGGCUUAUGGCUAUGAUCACAAUCCCACUGGACAAAAUGGGCCAGAAGCACCAGAGUGGUAUCGAGUGGAACUGAAAGCUUUUCAGGCUGCCCAGAAAAAGUGAAAUGUAUACAGCUUCCCAGCUCAGCAAAUUGGAUCUAUGCACUAUCUUCGUACUGAAAAUGGGAUAGCCAGAGAUUUUUGUUCCAUGGCUCUUCGCUCUAUGUUAGAGAGGGAUUCCUUGCAUACUAACAGAUUUUAACCUUUAGAGCAAUUUUUAAAAUUUUUGCUAGUGCUGUGAAAGAACUGUUUAAUAUGCUGUACAUGACAGUGUGAUUAUUUGGCAAUCUUCAUCUAAUUCUCCAUCAUAUGCAAAGAUGCCAAAACCUAAGAAGAAAAGAAUGAGUUUCCCCUCUACAGUCUAGUUGUUACUGUGCAACUAUGUUUUGUAUACAUGCCAUUUGUGAUGGUACUAGAAUUGUGCUGUUUUAAUAUUCCUGAAGAUGAGUGUGACUUUAAAACCUUUGAUCAGAAUAUUACUUUAGAUUAGUUUUUAUCUUGGUGCAUGAGAGUUUGGCCUUUAUAAGUCCUCUCUCUGAAUAUUAUUGCUUUCUAAAACUUGUCUCUUCUGAGGCUGCGCAGAGGCUUAAGCAACAGUGCUCUGUGCAGGUCUGUGUUGCUGUAUAUGGACAAAACCAUUUUUUGAUGUGUUCAUAAAAACAGCAGGGCUGGUGUAAAUCACAUUUGGAUAAUUUCUAGUUGUUCGUUUUUUAAAGUUGAAACAGGUGACAGGGUAAUUUAUAUAAAGAGAGGCUGCUGAUUAGAAUCAGUAUGGAAGAAAGUGAUUUAAAGAUGAACCAAGAAGUCUCUUGCUUGCUUGAAUCUUUUUCCUUCCUGUCCUGCCUGUGAAUGAUCAGGUGGUUUCCAGGAAUACUGAGAAAGAAAUAUGUACCUCAGGUGGGAGGGUCAGGGGGUGUUAUUUGGUGCACAAGGAUGAAGUCAUAACGGGAGAGCAUUGAACUUUGAAGCUGCCUUUUAUUUUAUAGGAUGAGGUAUAGUAAAGAAAACUAAGAGUAGUAGUGUUAAAAGGUAAAAUCCUGAAUUAUUAUAGUAAAGCAGAGCAUUCUGUGUAUAUUUAAAAUAUGUUUUACAAGUGAUUUACUAAAACAAUAUCACUAUAGAUCAGUAACUUUUCAAUGGUCUGUAAUCCUGGAACUUGGCUUUUUGAAUAGCAUUCUAAAUAUUUGCAAUGCAAUAUUAAAUCUCUUGCUGUGUGAUUCUUGUACCAGAAGAAUAGUGUGUAUGCCACUACAGGAAUUUUUUUAUUCUUAGUUUUUGCUGUAGAAAUAGAUUUUAGGUAGGUGAGUUAUUUUUUUAACUUUUGGGCUGAUCGUUUACUUGUAUCGGGAUUAAAACUAACCAGUAUUCAAGCAGAACUUCAGGGUGUGAAGUUCAAAUACAAAAAAAAUUAUUCUUUUUCCACUUCUAGGUUAGAUUUUAAAGAAGAAAAAGGUUGCUUGUUUAUGGUAUUAGACAAACCUCAGUAUGAUUCUGUUACCUUAUUAAUGGAAUGUACUGAUAAAGCCUUAUUUAUUUUCAGCUUUAUUUCAAAAGUGUAUUAAUCACAGAAACUUUUCUGAUUGCUGUUAUUUAGUUUUGCGCAGAGGAUUAGCUUUUAAUUUUCAUGCCUGCCUGAGAUUUUAUGGCAAAAAAGCUAUGGGUAGGAGAUUUGUCAGUAUUCUGAAUUUUCACAUUGGUGACUCUAGCUAUGUCUCUUCUGCUUCUUCAUGGCCGGAAACAUCCAUGGUUGAGAUUUUAAGAUUUUAUUGAAUCAGCUGGGUUUUCUGAGGUUCAUCUGAUUCUUGCUCAUGAAAGUGAGCUGAAAAAGGCUGAAAUGCUAACACAGCAUCAGCAAGUUGGUACCAAAAAUUACCUGAAACUUCCUUCUUGCAUGUAAAAAUGUAACCAUACUACCAGUGAAGCUGCUGUUGGUUUACAAAAAUGUCUGUAGAGACAUCUUCUGACUUUGAUAUUUGUCAGUGAAAUUACCCACUACUCAAUGAGAAGGCAUAGUCUACUGCUAGUAUCCUCCUUGAGUUUGCCUGCAUGUAUCCCUUUGAGGUUAUAGUGCUAAACACAUUUAUAAUGGAACUUGCUUCUGAGUGAACAUGUUUAGGAUCACACAACCUAACUAAUGUUACAGUGGAUGCUUUCUGUAGGGGUAGCUGAUGUGGAAUUAAUAGAAUAGUUCCUUGUAAUGCUUUGUAUUGUAUCUAGAGCUACUUCCACAUGGCAAAGUUCUUGCUAGAUCACUGUAACUUUAUAUCAACUGUUGCAACAAUCUGAUAGUUCCUCUUAACUAUUGGCUUUUAAAAAUAAAUGAAAUUAAGUCCUAAUUCAGAGGAACAUAUUGUUGCAAUAGAUCAUUAUAACAUUAUAACAGUCUAGUAAUUGCCUAUUUUUUUAAAUCCCCAAAGCAGCCCACCAGUGGCAUGGGGGAGAAAAUGGUUACCACAAGGGACUGUGGAAAGGAAAAUGAUGCCAGUGUGUGCAGGACCUGGGACAGUGCACACCUUCCUUUCCAGACCAUCUGACAAUGCUCUUGGACUUUGUUGUUCCCUCAAAGAUUUUUCAAAAGGCAGCUUUGAGAAAGAGCAUACUGGGAAAGGCUUUGUUAUACAAAUGGAAUUAUAAUAACCAGUUCUGGACCUGAGAGCUCCAUUAGUUGGGAGUUUUGUAUGAAAAACAAAGGACCUUUCUGAUAAGAACUAGGACAUGUAGGAAAUUAUUCUGAAGUUAACAGCAGCAAUGUAGUCCUAAAUCAUAAUGCUUCUCACUACAUUUUUGUAAAAGCCCCCUUUUAUUGGCUAUAUGUGCUCAUGUUUCCCUCUCAUAAUUCGGAAACUACUUUGGACCUUCUUUACCUUAUGGCCCUUUAAGACAAGUUCCAAGUGAAAGGAACAUAUAGCUCAGGCCAGGGUGAUCACAGAUAGAAAUUAAGAGAAAUAGGAUAAGAACUCUGCGUUCGAUGAGUUCCCAAUAUCACUAAAGGAGUCUUCCUUUCAUUUUGAGAAAAAUUAAGCAGUCUGUGGGACAUGUAAAGAUUGAAGACUUUAUCAAAGUAAAAUCCUAAAAAGUUGAUUGUGGCAUAUACACUGUUUUCUUAACUUUCAGUAACCUGGCAGCCAGUAAUUUUUUUAAACUUUCAAUAGCUGUAUCAUGUUACUACCCUAUAUCACCCUUAUCUGAAUUGUCAAAAAGUCUAGAAAAGCAAAGCAGAUAGAAGUCAGCUAGAAUUAGAAAUGUAAUGAGUUACAAUAUAGAAUACAAUCAUUUUCAUCUCUGUUCUGCAGAUUUCUGACCUACUUGAUCAGUAAUUGAGCAAGCACUUUAUCAGAGGUCACUGUGGAUCUGCUUUGAAUAAAGUUAUAUGUACAGCAUAUAACUUUGUUGUGGAAAGCCAGGCUUAGAGGAAUUAACAGAACCUUUAGUAACUUUUAACCUGUCUUAGCAUUGUGUGCUGUGUUUCUGACUAGGUUCACAUGAGAUCACAUGUUAUGGCUUUGUGGUGUGGCUCUUGUGAGCUGAAGUUAGCUAUUGGAUAAAUCUAAUCAGGGUAAUGUAUGCAGGGGGACUUCACAGAAGCAAACUAGAUUUGUUUUCUGACACGUGAACUUUUUUUCAUGUUCAUUUUAUGACUGACAUCCUCUUUGCUUGGUUUGCCUAUAUCUAUGGAGGUAGUGUUCAGUUGGCAUCUCUCGUUCUCUCCUUUAAAAAAUUCAGUGGCUGUGGCUUUAGAUAGGUAUCUUCCACACGGGGAUGGGAUUUUGUGGUUCCUCUGUUGCUGGUGCUCCUGCAGAUCACUUCCCUGUUUCUCCAGCAGCAGCCACACCCCUCCCCGGCCACCAGAGCUUUUAAUUUUUUUAAAAAAUUGGCACUAGACUAUUGUUACAUCAAUAUACAAUUGUAACAGUAGGUGUAGCAAGUUUUCUGAAUUCCCAGCUUUCAUUUUUUUAACAAAAGUUAAGUCUCUGGUAGGGUUGCCAGGUUCCUAUACCUUCCGCGUAGAGGGCAGGACACAACCAGUACUCACUGGGACAAUUGUCCUAGUGCCCGCACUCCUAACACUGAUGCAAAGACGUCACUUCUGGAAGUGAUGUCAUUGCGUCAGUUGUAGGAGUGCUCCCGCACUUUGUGCGCAAUGAUGUCACUUCUAGAAGUGAUGUUGCAUCUGCCAGGAGUGAGCACACUGCACUUGUACCUGGGGUGCCUGCUAGUGGCAGCUGAUCACUGAGCAGCUUGGAACCUCCUGCCAGUCACUGGCAACUGGCAGACAAGCAGGCAAACUGCCGGAAGGUUGACCUCCAUCGGCAAACACCUGGGAUCCCUAGUCUCUAGCCAUUUCAGUUACAGAUAUAUGCCUUUUUCUUUCUAUCUUUGCAAGGAAGGGGGCUAGAGACUUUUUUAAAAUGAAGAGAAUCUGCUACCUCUAUUCUUACAAAAGGAAUAUCAAUAUAAUGGUAUUCUAGUGCCAAUUUUUUAAAAAUUAAAAUGGCUCCUAAUAGCAGAGGGAGGAAAUGGUUGCUGAGGAGACAGAGUCAAGGAAAUGGCUGCCAUGUGAGCCCGAUAGUCCAACUUUUGCCACCCACACAGCAGCCAUCCAGGCCUUAGGCCUCUUUCCCAAAACUAUAGAGAAAAGCAAGUUUGAGAAAGAUGGAGAAAAGGUUAGGGAAACCCCGGGAGGUGCACAAAUGCACCAUGAUGCUGUGGGGAAACUGGAAAGAACCCAUUUCUCAAAAGCCUUGACCUAGGAUAGAUAACUCGUGUGGAAGACGUCACUGUCUCCUUCAUUCUGCUAAAAUCCUCUACCAAAUGAUGAUGUGAUCAGUUCUAAAUAAGCCCUCUGCAGUAAGAUGAAGACUUCUCGAAGAUGGUUCCUGCAAUCGUUGCAGAAUACAGUCUUGCUACUCUAAUGAGACGAGUGUUUCUAUUUGGGUUUCUAGGGUACAGUAUAUUUGGCUGUACUCAAACACAAGCCUACAGAACCCUAGUAGCAAACAUCUAGAAGCCUCCAUUUAGGCUGCAGUAGACGCUCAAAGGUUAUGCACACAUUUGCUUCCAUGCAUUUGCUUCAAAGAAUGAGGGGGGGGGGGUGGAAUUCAUCCUUAUUCUUAUCUCCAGAGAAAAAAUUCUUUUUUUUUUGUCUCUAGAAACAAUAAUUCAGGGAUAGGAAGUGUUAUGGCUCAUCAGCUAUACCUAGCCCAUAAUCUUUGCCUCUUGUCCACACAGACACAGUUUGGCAUCAUGUGGUGACUGCAUGGUUGUCCUGGAGAAAAUCAGUAGAGUUCGUUUGCAUGUCUGUCACUGUAGGUAAAACCUUUGGCAGGCUAAAUGUAGUCUGUCAGUUGGACGCAGCUUUUCCACAGGUCCCAGCUUUUCCACAGGUGAAAAGGGAAGACGGGUUCCCUUGGAUCACCAUAAAGGCUAUGCUGGGGAUCACAGGACCUGCAUUGACAAAAACCAGGUGGGAUGGGGCUGUAGUAAGGAUGGGACUUGGGUAAUAUUGAGAGAAAACGCUGCCUGUAUCUAACUCUAUUGUCUUAUGUUACCUAUCAGUGAGUUAGUGAAAUCAGUGCAUAGGAAAGUGUUGAUAUUUUCCCCCAUUAGUAGAACUAUAAUAUUUGUUAGCAAUUUUUUCUAACCAAUUUAGAUAUAUGUUUGUGUCUGUACUGCAUCAUUUAGAAAAGUGCCAACUUCAAAAUAGGUGUAGUUGUGCAAUAAUACUCAGCAAUCAUGGUGGUGGUAAAUUGGCCCUAGCUUUUAUAUAAUACCACUAGAACUGUUAUCUAGAAAUACAUUCUUUAACUAGUGAAUAAGUUAACUACAAGAUGCUUGCACCAAUCAAAGGUUUUGAGCAUAACUGUUUCUUAUUGGUGUCUAUUGCUGCUGUAAGAUGGCUUUUCCCUUCUUACAUUUUUACUGACAACCAAAAUGAACAUAAUAUAAAGCUGCAAUUAAAAAAAUAUUGUGGUAUUACCUAGUGAAAGCAAUUAAAUAUCCAGGCCAUAAAAUCAUGGGCAAGUUUUACUUUACAAGUUUUCAUGUGUACAUAAAUAGAUACAUGAAAGUUAUUUUUAUGGCAGAAUGCAUAUGAAACCAAGACUUAAACUAAUAAAUAUAAAAAUUAGAAGAACAUACAAGAAGAUGGGAAAUGCUUUACAAAAUAGAAAUUAAACUGGUGUCUUGCAACAAGAACAAGAAAGGCUGAUAGAGAAUGUAUAUAGCUUUUGCAUCUUUAUUGCUAGUUUUUAAUUUUUGAAUUUAGGUAAAUCUGAUACUUUCUAAGCUCCUCUUCCUACUAUUUUAUAUUUAUUCAAUGCCAGCGCUAAGCCCCAAAAGUAAUACUUGGCAUGCUAGAUGUAAAAAUUCUGCAAAUUGUUAUAAUAAGACCUGCUUUUCCAAGAUCUGUAUCUACAGAUUCUAAUACGACAACCACAUAAAAUGGUGGUUUUGUUAUUGUUUUAAACUUUCUGUGUCAUAUAUGAAAACUAUGUCCACUUCUUUGGUUUUUAAGGACAAAGCAUCUAUUUGUGAACAAUUGAGGUAAGUUUUUAAAGUGGUAUUUAAAAUAUUCUUUAGUUUCUAAUUUUCAAGGUAAGCUAUCUGAAGUAACAUUCUAAAAUUUAAAGAAAGAAAAUCAAAGAGAAUUUAUGUUCAGCAAGUAAGAGUGUAAUAACUUGGACCUGUAGACAGGUCAUUCUACAUCUUGUGUCAAGAUCCAAAUUAGAGUGGUUUGUGCUGCACAAUAAGACCUCUGAGGCAUAAUGUAAUGCAGGUUGUGGUGCCUUGACAAGUCAUCACAGAAUUCAAAAACUGUAUUAUCCACAAGGUUUGUUCUUUAAAACUUUUGUGAAGACUUGUGGGGGGGAGCAUGUUUCAUCAAAGAAAACUAGCAGAAGUGUACAUCAUUACAGUAGAUGGUGGAAUGAACAAAGAAAAAAUAGGAAGGCAAGGCAAAGAAACAACAAUUGACUUUGGCAAACUAUCCAUACACUUUUUAAAAAAUAAAAUCUAUAAAAAGAUAAAAGUACUGAUAGACUUGCAAAAGGACAAAGAGUGCUGUAAUUAAGAUGCAGGGCUUUGAAGGCUGGGUUAUUCCAAAGACUUGUCAGACUUUUGGAGAAAGCAUCUCACAAAGAGGGCUGUUUCAGUUGCUUAGGAAAUACAUUGUAGUUUGUCUUACCCAAAUAGAAAAGAGUCCAGUAGUACCUUUAAGACUAACCAACUUUAGUGUAGCAUAAGCUUUCGAGAACCACAGUUCUCUUCGUCAGAUGUAUUUGUGAGGGUGAUUAUAUCUAAGGUAGCCAAAAUGCAGAGACUUUACUGAUGGGAACGACUGGGGCAGGAGGGAGCAGAUAAUAGAAAAUUAUGUAUAGUGGAUAUCAAUAUAGUUGUCCUGUCAAUAAUCUAUUGAAGUUACUAACUGGUCAGCAUAAUUUGUCUUACAUAUGGCAGUGAUCAAAAACAAGCAUACCUGCACAAGAGAUUACACAAGCAAUAGAACAGGACAAAUCUGAAGGUUUACUAGAGAAGAAGUAGUGUUUCAACAUUCAAUGGAAAAGAAAACAAAAUUGUAAUGGAAGACAUGAUGAAUAUUUAUAAAGUUAGAACUCAUAUAUAUCUUUCAUGCUCACAAAGUUAUUUUAACAGUUAAAACUUAUCUAUGUAUCAGCAGUUUAUUCUGCAAAUGACCAAUUGUAAGGAUAAUGCAAGUGAGAAACUGUUUCACACACAAAAAGUCCAAAGUCUGCCAGUCACGUGUUAGGCAUUGAAAAUACAUACAUUAUAAGCUACUUGCUAAGGUGAUCAUAUUUGGUACAAGCAAAUAAAUGUAGUCCUUGAGUUCCCUUGCACAAUGCUGUUCAGCGAUUGUAGCAGGAAUCAAAGGGGGUCACAGUUUCAAGAAAUAUUUCUCAAAUGGCUGAAAUGUGCUUGCAGAAAAAAUACACAUCAAACAACUAUGGUUGUAGGCAAUCAGGACUGUUCGUACUAUGCUAUGUACAAGCUGCAAAGGAGAAUAUUUAAUCGGACUUGUGCAUUUUAUUGUAAACUAUUUACAAUUUUAUUGUAAACUAUUUUCAUUAACAUGCUUCCAAAAAUGUAAUUUACUUUUUGGUUCUCAGUGUUACUUAUAUGCACAAACACCUGUUUUCACUGUACACUGAGAUAUAAUGUAGAAAGUUUCAUUUUUAUAUACUUAGGUUGUAGUAUACAAAAGGUUGUCCUGACCUGGACGGCCCUGACUAGCCUAAUCUCAAGAUCUUGGAAGCUAAGCAGGGUUGGCCCAGUUUAAUACUUGGAUGAGAGACCACUGAAGGAAGCCCAAGGUGGUUAUGCGGAGGCAGGCAAUGGCAAACAACCUCUGAAGUCCCUUACCUUGAAAACCAUACAAUAAGUUGCCUGUGACAUGAUGGCACUUUCUGCAGCCACCAUAAAAUGGUUCUAUGGCAGAUUAUUCAUGUGAAGAGACAUAUUUCCUGUUAUCUUAGCAAGAUGAAGAUAAUAGUAUAUCAUGUGGCUUAUUUGUGUAGAAAUGGAAUAAGUUACAUUAAAUAAUUAUGGAAAUAUUAAAUUGCUUUUUUAUUCAGAACAUGCUUAAUGUUCAGAAAUGACUUUCUAAACCACAUUACCUGAUACCAUGUGUGUUCUCUCAUGUGCUACUGAAAGAUUUAAAGAUGGGGAAAGAGGCUGCAGUUUUUACAUAGCCACCAUGUGAUCUGUGAAUUUUCUAUAUAUACUUACUAUCCUGCAAAAGGGCACCUUAUCGCAAUUAGGAAUACUGGAAUCCCAGUUGUAAGUUUAUCCCUUAAUAUGUUUUAUAAAUUGAGAUGCACUGUUUUUUCUCUCUUGUAUAUUCUGUGAAAGUUUCCUACUGUAAGUAAAUUUUGUUUUCUAAAACAGCUGCUGCUACAUUUAAGCCUUGAAAAAAUACUCUUAUUUUUUGGAUAUAUCAAUUCACUUGUUUCUCCAUGGCCUAUUGGGGUGUGCCCUUCCCCUUCAGGUUAGACUAUAUUUUGAAAGAUGUUAGAUGGCUUAUGUUUACAGGCAAUCCCACAAUAUUUAACAUAUACUUGAUGGUAUAAAAUAAUUAAUUGUACUAGAAUUAUGAGCCUUAUUGAAAUCCAUAGGUUUACUUGGUUUUGUUUCCCUAAAGCUAUGGAUUAUUGUAAAAGAAAAGUUUACAUGAAUGAGAGUUUCACUUCCUGUUUUUAUGACUGAAAUUUUUUUAGUAUGUUUGGAGUGCUUAUACGGGGAAGUAGAGAAAAUGUUUCUGGGGGGAGAAAUAUACCUGGAAUAAUUUUAAAAUUUGCUUUAAAAAGUGCUAUGAAAGCAAUUGCAUUAAAUGAAUUAAGCUAUUA